UCUGAAAGUUCGAAAGAAAAACAAAUACUAGACGGAAAGAAUCACGGAAGAAAACUGGACUUUUGUAUACUCUCAAAGAUAGAUGAUGUAAAUACGGAAUUUUUAUUCGGCAAAAUUAAACCUCCAAACAAUUCAACUUCUAUAAACAAAAGUAUAGUAAAGUUGGCAGAAUUCACGAAAGGUUCUUUAGAUCUUAUUAUUUAUAGUUAUGGUUACGUUGACG